CCUGGGUGCCAUGGCAACGGAGAGCGCUGGCAAGCUGGCUUCCGGAAGCCCGAGAACUACAGUCAGGAAGCUCCCGGGAUCUAAGGAUGCUGAGUCCCGAACGCCUAGCCCAACCCGACCACGAGUAUCUGGCUCAGCGCCAUGUGCUUACAUACAUGGAGGACGCCGUGUACCAGCUGCUGGAGAACAGGGAAGAUGUCAGCCAGUACGGCAUCUCCAGGUUCUUCACGGAGUAUUUUAAUAGCGUGUGCCAGGGAACUCAUAUUCUCUUUCGGGAAUUCAGCUUCAUCCAAGCCACACCCCACAACAGGGCAUCAUUUUUACGGGCCUUCUGGAGGUGCUUCCGAACUGUGGGCAAAAAUGGCGACCUGCUGACCAUGAGGGAGUACCACUGCCUGCUGCAGCUGCUGUGCCCCGACUUCCCGCUAGAGCUCACGCAGAAGGCAGCCAGGAUUGUGCUCUUGGACGAUGCCAUGGACUGCUUGAUGUCUUUUUCAGAUUUCCUCUUUGCCUUCCAGAUCCAGUUUUACUAUUCAGAAUUCCUGGACAGCGUGGCUGCCAUCUACCAGGACCUGCUGUCAGGCAAGAAUCCCAACACAGUGAUUGUGCCGACAUCAUCCAGUGGGCAGCACCGCCAGCGACCUGCCUUGGGUGAGGCUGGCGUCCCUGAGGGAGUGGAAGCAUCACAGUUCUACCAGUGUCUGGAAAACCUGUGUGACCGGCACAAGUACAGCUGCCCACCCCUGGCCCUGGUCAAGGAGAUCCUGAGCGGUGUGCAGAGGCUGACCUUCUAUGGCUUCCUGGGGAGCCUCUCCAAGCACCCAGGCGUCAACCAGGCCCUGGGAGCGCUGCCUGACAAAGGGGACUUGAUGCAGGAUCCAGCCAUGGACGAGGAGCUAGAGCGGCUGCUCGCGCAGGUCCCUGGCCUGGUCCCCGCCGUCGCUGCCACCCCGGAGCCCGGCUGCCCACCUUCCCGGACCCCACCCCGGGUAGGCUCCCCGUGGAGACCCCUCCACCACCCACGGAAGGUGGACACGGAGAGCGACGGCUCCACGGAGGAGACGGAUGAGUCGGAGACUUGAGGCGUCCGCCGCGCGCCCGCACUGCCCCCUUCCGGCAAGAGGCCGAGCAGCAGCCCCAAGCUGGGCCCGGUGGAGGGGGACAGAGGACUAGGGCACGGUGCCCCUGAAAACUCGCGCUGAGUGGACACCCACCGUGGCGUGAGCGCGGAGGGAGUGGGCAACCGCGCGUGCAGCUUCCAAACUCGCCCCAAGUCCUGUGUGUCCCACCGCGGAACCCUAAGUGAAUAAAGUCCCAUGUGCGCGG